GUCAGGCACCCCCCCGCUCGUCUCGGGUGCGGAGGACCGCUCCGAAGAGGUCCCUCUGCGGGUCAUCGCGCGGGACUGGCCCCCCGAGCGGCGUUGGGCGUGGCCAUUCCCGGCCCGGGUCCGAGCUGUCAGCCUCUCCGCGACCCGACCUGGAAGAGCCGGGACUCGCCAAGGGUGGGCUCCAGCCGUUGCCGGCGUCCAGCUGCCAAUUUUCUGCCUGGAUCGCAGUCUCCUCAUUUCUCCUGUGUCCUCGUGCAGAAGGCCUUGGGGUAUGUAACAGUCAUGCCUGUGGACAUGCUGUCUCCUGGAGCCCGGGACACACCCGCCCUACCUUUCCGCCUGAGGACCAAGGUCCCGGGCUACCUGCUACGACGGCCGGCAGACGGUGGAGCCCGGAAACCUAGUGCUGUGGAGCGCCUGGAGGCCGACAAGGCCAAGUACGUCAAGAGCCUGCAUGUGGCCAACACCCGCCAGCAACCUGUGCAGCCCCUGCUGUCCAAGCAGCCGCUCUUCAGCCCUGGGACUCGCCGCACGGUGCUCACUCCUAGCCGCCGAGCCCUGCCUGGCCCCUGCCGCCGGCCCCACCUGGACCUGGACAUCCUUAGCAGCCUUAUCGACUUGUGUGAUAGCCCGGUGUCCCCUGCCGAGGCUAGCCGCACCCCCGGACGGGCAGAGGGAGCCCACCAGGACCCUCCAGCCACCCCUCCACGCCCACCUCCCAGUACCGCUGCUGUCCGCCGAGUGGAUGUCCGUCCCCUGCCGGCCUCACCUGCCCAGCCCUGCCCAUCACCAGACACUGCCGCCUCCAGUCCAGCCCGGCCCCCGGGUUUGCAGCGCUCCAAGUCAGACCUGAGUGAGCGCUUCUCGCGGGCAGCGGCCGACCUGGAGCGAUUUUUUAACUUCUGUGGCCUGGACCCAGAGGAGGCGCGGGGGUUGGGUGUGGCCCACCUGGCACGAGCCAGCUCAGACAUAGUGUCUCUGGCGGGGCCCAGUGCUGGGCCAGGAAGCUCCGAGGGGGGCUGCUCCCGCCGCAGCUCGGCCACUGUUGAGGAGCGGGCCCGGGAGCGCGUCCCCUAUGGCGUAUCAGUGAUUGAGCGCAACGCCCGGGUGAUCAAGUGGCUGUACGGGCUGCGGCAAGCGCGGGAGACUCCAGCGGUGGAGGGAUAGGUCUCCACUGGACUCGCCUUCGGCACAGGACAGAUCUUAAAGAAGCAAUUGGCCCCGCGACCUCUCCUUCACCCCUUCCCUGGGUUGGGGCAGACCAGAGACCGCUGCCUUUUGUGAACUUGGUAUGGAGGCAAAGGCUCCGAGGCUGGGCCAGCAUCCAUCUGGCGAGGACUGACCCUGGAGACAGUGGCCUCUUGACCUUGGACCACUCCCUCCUCCUCACAUGUCGGGAUUUUGACACGAGUGCACCUCUGCUUGGUUCCUCUCACGGGCUUGGGGCACUCAGCCCUCCCCACUGGUGAGGGACCAAGGAUCUCUACCAGGUCUGUCUACCCAGUGGCUCUGUUUCUUCCUUCCUUGGCCUCUAUCCUUUGCUGACUUCCUCUUCCUCACUCAGUGGGCCCUGGUUCCUGGGAAUUCAGCCCAGGGUGGGGGCAGGGAAGAGUGUUCUAACCACUGUUCUUCCCAGGCCUUGGCAGCCUGGCCUAGGUGGGUAGACUACAGGAGGGACUGGUAGGAGCCCUCCUGGCUCUGGCUUCCCUCCCUUUGGUUAAUAAACACAAAUGCUUGCUU